CGUCGCCACUCCGUAUGAGUAAUUUGCAAGCUGUUAAAGGGAUGACAACGACAUUGGAGUGUGACAACCAGAUAGACCUGUCAUCUAUCCAAUUUCCAUUCGACCUUUCUUGUCUCAAACCGACCGAAUCGAGAGAGCUCUCCGAACAUAAAUCAGGUGCAAGAUCAUCGUGCUUAGAUCGUGGAGUCAGGGGUUCGAGUGUGCAGACUAUGACACGCCGGAAACAAGGUCAGUCAAAACGAGUACUAUUCUAAAUUCCGGGGCUGUUAUGACCAAACUACAGAUACAUCUUAUCAAGAUCGCAAGUCUCCCCCAACAGGCACGAUGAAUACCCAAAAGACAUUACAGGUCUUUCAGGAGCGACGGACAAACAGAGUUACUUGUAAUGGUCUGGAGGUUACCGAAGCCCCCGUCCGACGACGCCACAAACCAAGCAUUGAAGAUGUCUCAAUUCUUCGAGAAGCUUACCAAAAAUAUCGAAAUCGAAGUGCGACUGAAGAGGAGCUUCAAGGUAUCGCGGAGCGAACACAAAUGACAAUUCCCCAAGUUCGGGUAAGGCGUCCUCAUGUGAAAAAUGACAGGAGCUAAAACUGGUGUAGCGGUGGAUUGAGAAUCGAAGACAAGAAGACCGAUGUAAAAUGAAGGGUAUGUUUUGACUCGAUAGUGAUAGCAAUUCCUGAUUUACCGUUUGAUUGCUGAAA